CAAGUAUCAACUAAUCCACAUCUGUUAACAUCUGUGGACACGUAUCUGUCGUUUAUCUGUUACAAAAAUCGAGACGCGUAUAGAAUUUAUCCACGAACACAUUAAUCACCUCAGUGUGUUCAGUGUCACUUCCAGAAGCAGUUUUGAACUAUGUAGUCAGCCGCGCAACACUGGAGACGUUCUACACGUUUCAGAACUCAGCGUCCCUCCUCUGAUGGGGGUGUCGAGGAGGAGGAUCCGAAACCUGCAGCCGGCUAGGCCGCUGCGUCGUUUGAACAUAAAUCAAGAGAAACACAGAGAGGUAGUGGCCGAGCGAUCGGACAAGACGACGGACACACCAACAAACACCAUUAGUGAGAAGCAGUUUUAUGAAAUCCUUAAACCUCAAAGCCAAUGUCAAUCACUUGCCAAGACAGAAAGAAUAUCAUACAGUAGGGACUUGCUGAUCAGGUUGGCAAGCUCACCAAUGGCAAAGAAAAAACCUGACUUCCUACCAGACCACCCAGUAGUUCUAGAAAAGCCAAGGCACCAAGAUGUGUUUCUGAACAACUUUAACAAUAACCUGGACAUACAGGGCGCUGAAGGUGGUUUUUGUCUGCGGUUACUAGCCCACUCCAAACAGUGAUAUUCACUUGUUCCUCAACAUUCUUUCUGCUAGUUGUGAAGAUUCUUCACACACUGGCAUUUCAGCAGAUUGGUCCACCUCUGGGUUUAAAAUGAAAAGCAAAG